ACGAAAUGGCGAAGAUCGUGUCUUCAAUCGUUCUCAUCGUCUUGUACGUUUCCUCUCAAACUCUCGCCGAAGACGUCGGCGUCAAAAGCAGAAAACUCUGCGAAGAGCACAAUGUGUUGAAAUCGCCAAGAACUCGUCGCGUGGUUGGAGGAUCAGAUUCCGAAUUGAAGGAGUUUCCUCAUAUGGUAGCGUUAGCGCACAGAAGCGAUAACAAACUAGAAUUCUUCUGCGCUGGAACUUUGAUCUCCGACAAAUACGUCUUGACUUCGCCCAUUUGUUUCAAACGUGGUGUAGAUGUUGCUAGAUUCGGCUCCAACGAUUUGCAGAGCGAAGAGGGAGUGCAAGAGAUCGAAGUGGAGAGAGUAAUCGCCCAUCCGAAAUACAAUGAUUCCAUCAACGAUAUCGGUCUGGUGGAGCUGAAGAGUGCGGUGAAAUUCACCGAUUUUGUUAAACCCGCUUGUCUGAACACCGAGAAGCUGUCGGCAUCCGAAAGAACUUACCUCAUCACCGGCUGGGGUGAUCACCACAAGGUGGGAACGAAGCUGCAGAAGGCUGAAGUCAAAGAGGUCGAAUUCGAUAAAUGCGUGGAAGCGUACAAAACCAAGUUGGAUAUCGUCGACGAGGAUCACAUUUGCGCCAGAGAGGAUGGCGUCGACACAUGCAUCGGAGAUUCCGGCGCUCCACUGCAGAUGAAGAACCCCGAUUACGUUUCCGCUUACGAUGUUCACGGUGUUACAUCAUACGGACCGGUGCCGUGUGGAAAGAGUUCGAAGCCAUCCACCUACACCAGAGUUUCCAAUCACAUCGCCUGGAUCGAAUCGAUCAUCUUCUAAUCACUUAAGAUA